UUGGUACUUGACAUCUCUAUCUCCCACGCUCUACCUGAGCCACAACAAUGGCGUCUCUGUUAGCCAACGGUAUUUCUGGCUUCUCGCUGCAACCCGCCAUCGAUUCUUCUAAGCUUUCGAGAGGGUUUUACCCGAAACCCGAGAAUUUCAAACCUUUUCCUCAUAAAACCUCGAAGGCCGGCCUCUUCAAGGUCCGAGCAGAUGUCGGGUAUGAAUCCAAGACCGUCAGUUCGGAUUCCGGUUCAUCUUCAUCAGGUAAACCCUCGACCGCAACAACGCUUAGCUCCGAUGAGAAGAUCCAAGAGAUUCUUCGGAAUCGCGAGUACGAUAAGAAAUUUGGAUUUUCUAUGGACAUAGAUUCCUUUUCGAUCCCAAAAGGGCUAUCGAAGGAGACAAUACGAUUGAUUUCCUCGUUGAAAGAAGAACCUAACUGGAUGCUUGAGUUUCGAUUGAAUGCUUUUGAGAGGUUUUUGAAAAUGAAAGAGCCUCAAUGGUCUGAUAAUCGGUACCCGCCGAUUAAUUUUCAAGAUAUAUGUUAUUACUCUGCGCCUAAGAAGAAACCUACUUUGAAUAGCUUGGAUGAAGCUGACCCUGAACUUCUUAAGUACUUUGAUAGACUUGGUGUACCUUUAAAUGAGCGUAAUAGGUUAGCUAAUGUUGCUGUUGAUGCUGUUCUUGAUAGUGUGUCUAUAGCAACUACACAUAGAAAGACCUUGGAAAAGGCUGGUGUGAUCUUUUGUUCCAUAUCUGAGGCAAUUAGAGAGUACCCAGAUUUGGUCAGGAAGUAUUUAGGGAGAGUAGUGGCUAGUGAUGAUAAUUACUAUGCUGCUUUGAAUUCUGCUGUAUUUAGUGAUGGGUCAUUUUGCUACAUACCAAAGGAUACCAAGUGCCCAAUGCAAAUUUCUACUUAUUUUCGGAUUAAUGCGCUGGAGACAGGACAGUUUGAGAGAACAUUGAUAGUUGCGGAUGAUAGGAGCUUUGUGGAGUAUUUGGAGGGUUGCACAGCACCAUCGUAUGAUAGGAACCAGCUUCAUGCUGCGGUAGUUGAGUUGUAUUGUGCAGGGGGUGCUGAGAUUAAGUACUCAACAGUACAGAAUUGGUAUCCUGGGGAUGAAGAAGGCAACGGUGGGAUCUAUAAUUUUGUCACAAAGCGAGGGCUUUGUGCCGGGGCUCGCUCAAAGAUUUCUUGGACACAGGUGGAGACAGGGUCUGCUAUCACUUGGAAGUACCCCAGUGUUGUUUUGGAGGGUGAUGAAACAGUAGGUGAAUUUUAUUCUGUUGCCUUGACAAAUAAUCAUCAGCAGGCAGAUACAGGAACAAAGAUGAUACACAAAGGGAAGAAUACAAAAAGUAGGAUUAUUUCAAAAGGUAUUUCAGCCGGGAAAUCCAGAAACUGUUACAGGGGUCUUGUUCAGGUUAUGUCAAAAGCUGAUAAUGCUCGAAAUUCAUCUCAGUGUGAUUCAAUGCUCAUUGGUGAUAAUGCAGCUGCCAACACCUAUCCCUAUAUCCAGGUGAAGAAUCCUACUGCACGGGUUGAACACGAAGCCAGCACCUCCAAAAUCGGUGAGGAUCAGCUAUUUUACUUCCAGCAGAGAGGAAUCGAUUAUGAGAAGGCUAUGGCAGCAAUGAUCUCAGGGUUUUGCCGUGAUGUCUUCAACGAGCUUCCAGAUGAGUUUGGUGCCGAGGUGAAUCAACUUAUGAGCUUGAAGCUAGAGGGAUCAGUCGGUUAGACAUCGAAUGCUAGCCGAGAUUCGGUCAACUGAGUUGUUUUUUUUUUUUACUAAUCAAGUCCUUUUGUCAAUCAAAAAUCCAACGGUGUUGUAUAAAAUAAAGUCAAAAGUCUGUAAAUGACCACGUAGUAUCCCAAAAUUUCCCUGAAGGUGAAAUCAGAUGUUAUGCUCGAUGAGAAGUUGUAAAUAUUUGUACUGUGAUCAUAUACUUAUUACCGUUAGGUAUUUUAAUAUUAUAUUGGUCAAA